AUGAGCGACAGCGGCGGAGCAGGGGGCAGCGUGUUCCCUUCCAACUGGUCGUCCCUGCUCUCGUUCAUUACGUCCUCGAGAAGGAACGCCAAUCACAACGCGAAUCACAACACCAAUCACAAGAAGAAGAUCUCCACGACCAAAUCACAAUCGGCUGUGGAUCAAGCGCCUCUGCCCAGCCUCUACAACAGUGAAGCGGACAAGGACAAGCUCAUUUUGUUGGGGAAUGGAAUGAGCCAGCCCUCACGAGCGGUUAUGUGGUUCCUGGAGGUGAAUCGCAUCCCUUACGAGUUUCGAUUGGUGCGCAUCAUGAAGGGCCAGCACCUCUCCGACCAGUACGCCACCAUCAACCCCAUGCGCAAGGUGCCGGUUAUCAUCGAUCACGGCGAUGUCGUCUUCGAGAGUCACACGAUCCUGCGCUACCUCUCCCAAAAGUACAACACGCCCGACCACUGGUACCCUCGAUCCGACCUCCUCAAACGGACCCGAAUCGACUCCUACCUCGACUGGCACCACCUGGGCUUCCGGAAGGCGGUGGUGGCCUACAUUUUUGCCAAGUCCCUGGGUCGACCCUACGACGCCAAGGCCGUCGCCCGAACGGCGAAGGAGGUUCAAAAAGCGAUGGACAUCCUCAACGACGUGUGGCUGAUGAACGGCAAGAAGUACCUCAUGGGCGAGGAGGUCUCCAUAGCCGAUCUCUCCUGCGUGUGCGAACUCAUGCAGUUGCGCAUGGUGGACUCGGACUUGGGCAACCGACCGCAGCUGCAGGCCUACGUGGAGCGAAUGGCGGCGUGGCCGGGCUUUGAGAAGGUGCACAAGCUCUUCUUCCAGUUCGUGAAGAUGAAGAAGCUCGACGACUACUACUAUCAACACCACGAUCACGACGACAUUAAAAAAGCCAAACUAUAA